AUGGCAUCAAUGCGAGUAUGCGAGUAUACGAGUACCUAUGUGAAGAAUUCGAUUAUGGCCGAGUAUACUGUACGGGUACCGGCAACGGCAACAAACGCAGUCUCCACGUGGAUCCUCAGCCCUGCGGCGAUUGAAACGCCUCCAUCCCAAUCCAUCUUCAAGAAAAUUCCCCAAGACAUUCCUCAGGUCCGGUCCUCGCGGCCUCACAGACACUCAUUUUAUCAUCUGCAAAAGAUGGCCUCAUUCCUCCGCCGUCUUAUUCCCUCGCGGGUCGCAAACUCAGGCUCCCAACAGCGCGACCACCACGCCAACGAGCGCACUUUUCUCUCAUGGACCCGAGCAGGUCUUGGCUUCGGCCUCAUGGCUCUCGCGCUAGACCGCCUAGAGGCCGUCGACCACCUCCUCCACAAGCAACUCGCGCUUGCGGGAAAGGAGCCACAGACCGCAGCGACCGUGAAGCGUGGGGAAAGUCCUGAGAUUCUCGUUUUGCUGAAGGAACAUGUCACCGCGUCGAGAAUUUGUCAGUCUUUGGGUGCUUGGUGUUUGGGAUAUGGAUUUUUCCGCUAUUGGUCUAUACGCCGAUAUUUAAUGGUCGGUCAGUUUGUGCCUGCUAUCUGGGGGCCGGUUUUUAUGGCGGUGGGUAGUUUUGGGACGCUGGUGACCUUGGGAACGCAGAUUAAGCUCAAGGUUCCUCCGGAGCAUUGA